AUGCUUCUUGGAGACCUCGGAGAGGUGAUCAUACAGAAACUGAGCGUACAGAAUAUUCUGAAGGACCGCCUGAGGUUUCCGCUACAGGAGCUCACUCGAAGCCUUCUAGAUGGGCCAGCAGAGAACCUUCAGAUACAGAUGGAGAAGGAAGUAGAAGAGAAUCUAGAGAUGCUUCUUGGAUACCUCGGAGAGGUGACCGUACAGAAACUGAGCCUACAGAAUAUUCUGAAGGAGCGCCUCGACAAUCAGCUUCAGAAGCUUCCUCGAACCCUUCUAAAAUGGCCCGCAGAGAACAUUCAGAUAGAUAUGAAGAAGCGAGUAGAAGAGAAUCUGGAGAUGCUCCUUGGAUGCCUUGGAGAGGUGACCGUACAGGAACUGAUCCCACAGAAUAUUCUGAAGAAGCGCCUGGAGAUUCCGCUGCAGGAGCUCACUCGAGGCCUUUUAGAUGGGCCAGCAGAGAACCUUCAGAUACAUAUGGCGAAGGAAGUAGAAGAGAAUCUAGGUAUGCUUCUUGGAUACCUCGGAGAAGUGACCGUACAGGAACGGAUCCUACAGAAUAUUCUGAAGGAGCGACUAGACAAACAGCUUCAGAAGCUUCCUCGAGCCCUUCUAAACUGGCCCCCAGGGAACAUCCAGAUAGAUAUGGAGAGGUCAGUAGAAGAGAAUCUGGAGAUGCUUCUUGGUUACCUCGGAGAGGUGACCGUACAGGAACUGAUCCCACAGAAUAUUCUGAUGGAGCGCCUGGAGAGACCGCGGCAGGAGCUCACUCGAGCCCUUCUGAAAUGGCCCGCAGAGAACCUCCAGUUACACAUGGAGAAGGAAUUAGAAGAGAAUCAAGAGAUGGUUCUUGGAGACCUCGGAGAGGUGACCAUACAGAAACUGAGCGUACAGAAUAUUCUGAAGGACCGCCUGGAGAUUCCGCUACAGGGGCUUCCUCGAGUGCUUUUAGACGGGCCCACAGAGAACAUUCAAGUACACAUGGAGAACGAAGAAGAAGAGAAUCUAGAGAUGCUUAUUGGAGACCUUGGAGAGGAACUGAUCCCACAGAAUAUUCUGAAGAAGCGCCUGGAGAUUCCGCUGCAGGAGCUCACUCGAGGCCUUUUAGAUGGGCCAGCAGAGAACCUUCAGAUACAUAUGGCGAAGGAAGUAGAAGAGAAUCUAGGUAUGCUUCUUGGAUACCUCGGAGAAGUGACCGUACAGGAACGGAUCCUACAGAAUAUUCUGAAGGAGCGACUAGACAAACAGCUUCAGAAGCUUCCUCGAGCCCUUCUAAACUGGCCCCCAGGGAACAUCCAGAUAGAUAUGGAGAGGUCAGUAGAAGAGAAUCUGGAGAUGCUUCUUGGUUACCUCGGAGAGGUGACCGUACAGGAACUGAUCCCACAGAAUAUUCUGAUGGAGCGCCUGGAGAGACCGCGGCAGGAGCUCACUCGAGCCCUUCUGAAAUGGCCCGCAGAGAACCUCCAGUUACACAUGGAGAAGGAAUUAGAAGAGAAUCAAGAGAUGGUUCUUGGAGACCUCGGAGAGGUGACCAUACAGAAACUGAGCGUACAGAAUAUUCUGAAGGACCGCCUGGAGAUUCCGCUACAGGGGCUUCCUCGAGUGCUUUUAGACGGGCCCACAGAGAACAUUCAAGUACACAUGGAGAACGAAGAAGAAGAGAAUCUAGAGAUGCUUAUUGGAGACCUUGGAGAGGUGACCGUCCAGGAUCCCAUCCUAUAG